AUGGUGCUCAUCAAAGAAUACCGUGUUGUUUUACCAUGCAGUGUGGAGGAGUACCAGGUGGGCCAGCUUUACUCCGUGGCAGAGGCCAGUAAGAAUGAGACAGGUGGUGGGGAGGGAAUUGAGGUCCUGAAGAAUGAACCAUAUGAGAAAGAUGGAGAAAAAGGACAAUACACACACAAAAUCUACCAUUUAAAGAGUAAGGUUCCUGGGUUUGUGAAGAUGAUUGCUCCAGAGGGAUCCCUAGUCUUCCAUGAGAAAGCCUGGAACGCCUACCCCUACUGCAGAACGAUUGUCACAAAUGAAUAUAUGAAAGAUGACUUCUUCAUCAAGAUUGAGACCUGGCACAAACCUGACCUGGGAUCUGUAGAGAAUGUUCACAAGCUGGACGGUUCUACAUGGAAGACAGUGGAGGUGGUGCCCAUUGACAUUGCUGAUAGAGACCAGGUGGCCCCCGGCGAUUACAAAGCUGAUGAAGACCCCGCCCUCUUUAAAUCAGUCAAAACAGGCCGAGGACCACUGGGCCCCAACUGGAAGAAGGAACUGCUCAGUAAGACAGACUGCUCCAGGAUGUGUGCCUACAAACUGGUCACAGUGAAAUUUAAGUGGUGGGGUCUACAGAAUAAGGUGGAGAGUUUCAUUCACAAGCAAGAAAAGAGGAUAUUCACUAAUUUCCACCGUCAGCUGUUCUGUUGGAUUGAUAAGUGGGUGGAGCUUAGUAUGGAUGACAUUAGAAGAAUGGAGGAAGAGACCCAGAGGGAACUGGAGGAGCUCCGUAAAAAGGGGGAAGUUCGCGGAACCAGUGCAGCAGACGACUGAGACCAGCAAUCCUACAGUCUCCGUCAUCAUUAUCAUCGCUAUCUUCUUCCACUGUAUACCAGUUUGACCAUUCCUCUCCCAGUUUACCCAUUCCUCUCCCAGUUGAGAGAAAGAGGACUUUGUUACAACUGACUCUACCCCCUUCCCCAAAAUUCACACAAUCACGGUUGCUAUGUCAGCCAAAGGAAUGCUUUUAA